CCGCCCCGGGGCCGCCGCGGGGCCGCCUCCCUUCCGGCGGCCGCAGCAGCGCUCCCGCCUCUUCCCUCACAGCGCGCUCGGGCCCACAGCAGCCACCGCGCCGCGGCCAUGAGUGAGGCAGAAGUGAAUCCCAAAGCUUACCCGCUGGCUGAUGCACAGCUCACCAAAACGCUGCUGGAUCUCGUGCAGCAGUCCUGCAACUAUAAGCAGCUACGCAAGGGAGCCAAUGAAGCCACCAAAACACUGAACAGAGGCAUAGCAGAGUUCAUUGUGAUGGCAGCAGAUGCAGAGCCCUUGGAGAUCAUCCUGCACCUCCCUCUUCUCUGCGAGGACAAGAACGUGCCCUACGUGUUUGUGCGCUCCAAGCAGGCCCUGGGCCGGGCGUGCGGCGUUUCCCGGCCCGUCAUCGCCUGCUCCAUCACCAUCAAGGAGGGAUCACAGCUAAAGCCUCAGAUCCAGUCUGUACAGCAAGCCAUAGAGAGACUGUUGGUCUAAGUGCCCAGGAGUGUGUGUGUGUGAAAUAGAAAAGUGCAAAUUAGGGGAAGUUAAUGUUUCGCUUCAGUUGAGAUUAUAGUUUUGAUACCAAUGUUUCAUUUCAAAAUGCCAUAUUUUUGUUUAAUAAUGGCUUAAUUCUUAGUGUUUCCACCUUCUAUUCCCCCACUUUUCUAUUAUUCCACUUCAACAUUUUCAUUCUCAUUGUAUUACUUCUUGAAAAGUGACUGUACAACUGUGUUUCCUGUUUUAUGUUUAAAAGAAGGACAGACAAAAAAAGUCCCCCCCUUGUCUUCCUGUCUGCCUGCUCAGGGCUUUUUUAACCCACCCAUCAGCUUUCUCUGUGGUGCAGUAUUUCUGCUAAGCUUGAGCCUCCAGCAGGUGUGAGUUACUCUGUGCUUCUGAACGGUUUAGGCUGAGGAAAAGGCUCCCUGUGUUCAGGCUGCUGGAGUCUGUAAGUGAUGGAGCAGCACAGGCAGGUAUAAGGCAGGCAGCAGCUACUGUGUAGCAGCAGAUGGAGCCAAGAUCAACACGGCCCUUACUCUUGAAACCAGACAAGAGACUUCUGUAAGAAAUGCACAGCAAGCAGAAAUCUUAUGGCAGUACACAAGGGGAACUCUCUUGAUUAUUUUUAAAUACUGACUUUUUAAGUAAAAAUAAAAAUGCUGUAAGGCUGAAUAGAACUGUGAUUCCCUUGGUGAAGUAUUUACAACUAACUGGAGUGUUUCUGCUUGUAAAGCUAAACUGCUCACAGGUUGCCUAAAGGCUGUUGCAGUGCAGUAAUUUAUUCUCCUUCAGUUUCUUUUGUAUGGACUGUUACCACUGAGGUUGGGCUCCCUAGAGAAGUUAAGUACAAAAUACAUGGCAGAGAGCAGCCUGUUGUGGCUGAUUGAGUACCCUACACCUGGCUGUUAGUUAUAAAAAGUGCCAUGCUUUUUAGCUACUGCACUCUAGUCACCUGACAGAAGAUGAACCCUUUUAAGUCAUGGCCAAGGAAACAGAGAACAAGUAGUUUUUCAGAUAAAUUAAUAUAUGAAUGCUGAAUCAUCUCAUGUCCUGGAAAAGCAGCAUGGAGCACCAACAGCAGUCUGGAUUAGUGGUGUUUUUAUAGAUCUAGUUUUAGUUAAAUACAUAUUGUAUAAUAAAUGCACUUCUGCUCUGUUCAGAAAAGUUUAAACCCCUGUGUUGGAAUAUCAUCCUGUUUUCUAUUGCAGGAUGCCAAAGCAAAAUAGUGUGGAAACUUCAUUAGGUGCAAUAGUAGAAAGGAAAAUACAUUUUUCUGUAAUGUUUCCACAGAGGCACUAACUUCUUACCUCUCAUAAGUACUUCCCAAGCAGAUGAAGUGAGCUCAUGAAACACUGAAGACAUUAUGUUGGUAUAUUUUUGUAAGUGGCUGAUACCAGUAAUCCUUGCUGAGAUGAACUUGAUCCAAAUACUUCAGAAUCCUUUUAUUUGUAUGAGGUUUAGAAGGGCUCCUGUUCCCUUCUACUGAUGCUGACUGUUGAGCUGUUUAGAACUACAGCUUUGCCAAGGAUUUGCCCUAUUUAUACCAAGACAGAUGAUGUAAGAGAGCACACAAGGAGCAGAAAUAAAGGAUACUUGAGCAAGCAAAACUGUCUUUUUCUGCUCUGAAGCAUCCCACCACCUUCCCUUUUAAAUUUCUGCUUAAUGUGAUAGCCUGCUAUUAAAGAGAACAAAAAAAAAAAA